AUGGACGUCGGGAUGGUUUCGCAUCAAAUGUCUGGGCGGAGCAUCGAAACGGCUUUUGUGUAAGAUACGGCCGAGGUCCUUACACCUCCGACUCCCCCGCAAUUCGACGAGCUCUGCCCUGUCCUGUGUUUUGCCACAAAGUGCAGAUCCACGCGUUUUCGAUUUGAUAUUGCAGUUGUAGAGUGUAAAGCGGCGGUCGUGCUCAGCCUCUCGUGUCGACUCAUCAAUCAGCUCAGUGCUCUUUGACGCAGCUCUACGAUUCAAAAACAAUCCUGUUAGGCUAUGAACUCGAUGCAGAGAGAAAAAUCUAAAAGCACUUUUUAUGAGAAUUUUCUCUAAAAGUUGACUUUGAACAAUUGAACUCUUGAAGAAAAUGAAAGCCCUGAAAAUCCGCAGUCCUUGGGCUUUUGAAAUCAAAUUUAUUAAAGCCUCAAUUACCCAGAGAAGAAAAAUUUUCUCGCAAGAAAGUUUAUUUAUAUCUGCAGUUUAUGGAAGUUGGACAGUUGAAUUUUCAAAGCACGGGAAAAAGACGUAAGCUUCAAACUGCGAGUUUUUGCAGUUCUCGAAAAGCACCCUAUUAGAAUCAAAAAAUAAUAAAGUCUGUGUGCCACGACUUGAAAUUUCACCGAACGACAUUCCGCUGUUCCGCUGCGUGUGUUCGCGAAGCGUCUUUCGAAUCUAGGGCACGCUUUCAAUUGAUUGUUAUUGCUGUAGGAGUACAGGAAAGUAGACUAUCUUAAUAAAAAAUAAAAAAAAAAUUAAAUGUGCGACCAAGGUUCGCAAAGGCGCGCAGUGGCGCAGCGGAAUGUCGUUCCAUGAAAUUUCAAAUCGUGGCCCACAGACUAUACCAACGAAAACUCCUUUGAGACCAUCUUUCUUCUGAUCGGAGGGCAUAUGACAGACGGAUACUUGAAGAAUUAAUCUGGUAAAACGAAAGAUUUUCGAUCGAUUGUUGUGAAAAUCCAGAAUUAAUUCAUGUUUGAAGUUUUCGUGGCUUUUCGACUAAUAAACUUGGAUGCAGAAUAUUUUCAAAAGAUCCACCGAUGAAUCGGGAAGACCAUCUUGAAAGACCAACUUUCUUAUGAAUUUUUAUUUCAAUCUGGAAAGAAUUUUGUUUAUGAACCAGCCUUAUAAAUUAUUCUUGCUGUGUUCUUCCAGAAAUUAGUGAAAAAAGCAAUGUUUUCAGCAAACUUAUUGAUAUCUCAUCAAGUCUCUAAAAAAUCUUAUUCUAGCCAUCGGUAGCUAAGCAAUUGAAAUUCCCACUCGCAAAAAUAUGUUCAGCUUCGAUUUGAAGGGAAUAUUUUGGCAUAGCGACACCACUAAGCGACUUGGUAUUAAUCAUGCGCAAAAUUACAUAAAUAGACGGAGGCGGCGUUUAAGGCGGAGGGAAGGAGGGCGACGUCGCCUGAAGCUUCCGACGGACCUCACUUCCAAGUGCAAUAUCACCGUCUUUCCGACUCACGUCAUGUUGCGCUUCAACCUUAUUCUCCUCAUUUGCUUCAUUUCAGGUGAAUUCCGUUUGAGUGAGAAUAAAAUAAUUUUCCUUUUCUCAGUUAUUAUGUUUGUAAAACUUGAACUUUUAACGCAUCAGGGAUUGAUACAAUUAUCAGUAAAUUGUCGUUUAAAAAUGACUUUUCUCAAGCUCUUCAAAAGUAACAGACAAGCGUCGAGAAACUAUUCAAGUUUAAUAUAUUUUAUCGAGUUUCUCUUUUACUAACUGGUUUUAACUACCUCCCAAGAUUUUUCAUUAUAAAUCUGAAACAGUUUUGGAAAGUCUCACUUUUUUCAGCAGUGACGGCUUCAAUUUUGCCGACGGCUUCAUCUGCAGAAGAACUGAUCGCGGAAGCCGAAGGAGAAUCUCGCGAAGUCUGCUUUUGUUGCAGAGCCUUUGUUUGUCACCAUCAAUUCUGUCCGUGUUCUCGGUUUACCGCCCUAUUUUAAUCUUUCACUUCAUCUCGUCUUCCAAAAGUACACGGACGAGAAUAAAGCAUUUUUUGAGCUCUUUUCUCUGUGGGAUGGUCAGAAGUGACUUGUGUGCAUUCAAGGUCAUUCUAAUUGAUGUUUUGAAAGCUUUGAAAGUUGGUUCAGAAACUUGACACUGUAAGAACAUUCGAACUAAAAUCCUGAUUUUUGAAAAGUAAGAAAUAUGAAUGCAAAACGUUCAAUACCGUACAUUGAAAAACAUUUAAACCAAACAUGAGUGAUUGCAAAAAUUUGAAUUUUAAUAUUUUUUUCAUUAAAGACCCCAACUCACAAUGAGAUUGGCUGA